GUUUUCCAGAAAAUGAUAUUUGAAGGUAAAAUAAAAACGAAAAUCAUUUUACACCCAACACUAAAGUCAACUGAAAAGCAUUUCUGAAAAACCCUAUUUUCAAAGCCAACCAAACAGCUUAUUUUACGAAAAAUGAUUUUCUGAAACCAUUUACAUCCAAAACAAACGACCCUGAAUGUAAAUUGAAUUGGAGUGACAAUUUAUUCUUCUGCGAACAUCGGCCAUGGCUGCCAUUGGCUUGGCAGCACCAUGGGUUCUAAGACGUGCAACUUGUGCUCUAGCUCUUGCUCGCUCUCAUCAUAGACUUGGUAUCAACAAAAACAACAUCAUCAUCAAGCUCUCUCAUUACAAAGUCCUCCGCUCUUUUACUCUCCCUCAUCCUCUCACUUCUUCAGCUUCAGAAAUAUGCCACUUAGCACAAGCCAUAAAGGGUGAAGAGAAAAGUGCUAAUGAAGAAGUGAAACAUAUUCUUGAAAUGGCUAGACGAGCAUCAUCAAGAAGAGAAGUUCUUCACACAAAUUUUCUUACUCCACCAGUGCUCAAGGAGUCAAUGCUGGCAUUGGAAAAACUAUCUGACAUUAGAGCAGUUGCUCAGGGAGGUUACCCACAGGCUGAGCGAUGCCGGAUUUCUAUUGGACAUCCAGAUGUCCUGACAAGUGAUCCAGAUGUAAUUGCAGCAUUGAGUGUCACAGGAAACUUUGGGUUUCAACCUUGUUCUCAUGGUGACUUCCUUGGUGCAAUUCUUAAUAAAGGGAUUGCCAGGGAGAAACUCGGGGAUAUUAUCUUGCAGGGAGAGAAGGGAGCUCAAAUAAUUAUUGUUCCAGAACUUGUUGACUUUAUUAUAUUGUCAUUAGACAAGGUUGGUAAUGUUCCAGUCUCUUGCACGAAGAUACCAUUGAUCUCUCUUGAUUAUGAAGCACCUAGGACCCAAACAUUUAAAACUGUAGAAGCAUCUCUAAGGGUUGAUGCUCUGGCUAGUGCAGGAUUUAAGAUUUCGCGAUCAAAACUUGUUGACUCGGUCAGUAAGGGGGAGCUGCGUAUCAAUUGGAUUCCUGUUUCUAAAAACAACACUACACUCAAGACUGGUGAUAUUGUCUCCGUUAGUGGAAGAGGAAGAUUAAAGAUAGGAGAAAUAAGGUCUACACGGAAGGGAAAAUUUGAGGUCGAGCUCAUUCGAUAUCUAUAGCAUGAGGUAACAUUCUCAGAUCAUUCAUGGAACUGGUUGUUUCCAUACAAGUGACUUGUUAUCCGCCCCCAAACUGGGAAUUCUGAUUCUUAAGGGCGGUCUAAACCAGAAGCUGCAGCAAGUUUAAACACUAUUUGCUAGCUUGAAUGUCAACCUAUGGUGGGGGAAGGCUGAGGGAUAAUGAAAACAAAUUGUAUUUGUUAAUAUUGACUAUCAUAAUAAUAUUUUUUUUCCCAAAAGAAAAAAAGAAAAA